GAGAGAGAAGCUCGGAGAGCAGAGAAAAGGGGGCACCGGCGGCCCCCCCCCCGCUCCCCUGCACGCGCUCGCCGCCCGCCUGCCGCGGUCACCCCCGGGCUCCGUCCCUCGGCUUCCCCCCCGCAGCGCGAGGCGAUCCGAGCGAGGCCCCGCCGGGGGCGGCCAUGCGGCGGUGACAGGAGCGCGGCCGAGACGCACGGGGCCCCCCUCGCCCUCUCACCUCCACCCGGGUCGCCAGCUCGCCUCGGCCGAGGCCCCUCCGGCCUAACACCCGCCUGCCGCCCGCGUCCCCCCUCCCCGAGCCUCCCCGGCUGCACUUCGGGAAUCAUGGCCCAAGUAGCAAUGUCCACACUGCCUGCGGAAGAUGAGGAGUCCUCAGAGAGCAGAAUGGUGGUGACAUUCCUCAUGUCUGCCCUGGAGUCCAUGUGUAAAGAGCUGGCCAAGUCCAAGGCUGAGGUGGCCUGCAUCGCUGUGUAUGAGACGGACGUGUUUGUUGUUGGAACUGAAAGAGGACGUGCUUUUGUCAAUACCAGAAAAGAUUUCCAAAAAGAUUUUGUAAAAUAUUGCGUUGAAGAAGAAGAAAAGGCCGCAGAGAUGCAUAAGAUGAAAUCUGCAACCCCAGCGAAUCGGAUGAGCGUGGAUGCUGUAGAAAUUGAAACACUCAGAAAAACGGUGGAGGAUUACUUCUGUUUUUGCUAUGGGAAAGCUUUAGGCAAAUCCACAGUGGUCCCUGUGCCGUAUGAGAAGAUGCUACGUGACCAGUCGGCUGUGGUGGUACAGGGGCUUCCUGAGGGCGUUGCCUUCAAGCACCCUGAACAUUACGAUCUUGCAACCUUGAAGUGGAUCUUGGAGAACAAGGCGGGGAUUUCAUUCAUCAUUAAGAGACCUUUCCUUGAGCCGAAGAAACACCUCGGUGGUCGGGUGAUGGCAUCGGAGACUGAGCGAACCAUCCUGUCUCCCAGUGGAAGUUGUGGCCCCAUCAAAGUGAAAACUGAACCCACUGAAGACUCUGGCAUUUCUCUGGAAAUGGCCGCUGUGACGGUAAAGGAGGAGUCAGAAGACCCUGAUUACUAUCAGUGUAACAUUCAAGCAGGCCCUUCUGACACUGAUGGUGUUGAUGAAAAGCUCCCCCUUUCGAAGGCUUUGCAAGGAAGCCAUCACUCCUCAGAAGGCCACGAAGGAGCAGACGUGGAGGUGCCAGCCGAAGAUUCUACUCAACAUGUCCCUUCAGAAACAAGUGAGGACCCUGAAGUUGAGGUGACUAUUGAAGAUGAUGAUUACUCCCCACCUACCAAGAGGCCAAAGAGCAGUGAGCCGCCCCCGCCUCCACCGGUGCCGGAGCCCGCCAAUGCUGGCAAGCGCAAAGUGAGGGAGUUCAACUUCGAGAAAUGGAACGCACGCAUCACUGACCUGCGGAAGCAAGUUGAAGAGCUGUUUGAAAGAAAGUACGCUCAAGCUAUAAAAGCCAAAGGUCCGGUGACGAUCCCAUACCCUCUUUUCCAGUCCCAUGUUGAAGAUCUUUAUGUAGAAGGGCUUCCCGAAGGGAUUCCUUUUAGAAGGCCAUCGACAUACGGCAUUCCUCGCCUUGAGAGGAUAUUGCUGGCCAAGGAGAGGAUCCGCUUUGUGAUUAAGAAACACGAGCUUCUGAACUCCACACGAGAAGACUUACAGCUUGAUAAGCCAGCAUCAGGAGUAAAGGAAGAGUGGUAUGCACGGAUCACCAAGCUCAGGAAGAUGGUAGACCAGCUUUUCUGCAAGAAAUUUGCUGAGGCCUUGGGGAGCACUGAAGCCAAGGCUGUUCCAUACCAAAAGUUUGAGGCCCAUCCCAACGACCUCUAUGUGGAAGGACUUCCAGAAAACAUUCCUUUCCGAAGCCCCUCGUGGUAUGGAAUCCCAAGACUGGAAAAAAUCAUCCAAGUGGGCAAUCGAAUUAAAUUUGUGAUCAAAAGGCCAGAACUGCUGACUCACAGUACAGCUGAAGUCACCCAGCCACGGACAAACACACCAGUCAAAGAAGAUUGGAAUGUCAGAAUCACCAAGCUGCGCAAGCAAGUGGAAGAGAUCUUUAAUCUGAAAUUCGCCCAAGCUCUGGGCCUCACAGAGGCAGUGAAGGUGCCCUACCCCGUAUUCGAAUCGAAUCCGGAGUUUCUGUAUGUGGAAGGACUGCCUGAAGGGAUCCCCUUCCGAAGCCCCACCUGGUUUGGGAUCCCACGACUUGAAAGGAUUGUCCGUGGGAGCAAUAAGAUCAAGUUUGUUGUUAAAAAGCCUGAGCUAGUUGUGUCCUACUUGCCUCCUGGGAUGGCUAGCAAAAUCAACACUAAAGCAUUGCAGUCCCCAAAACGACCACGAAGCCCUGGGAGCAACUCCAAGGUUCCUGAGAUUGAGGUCACGGUAGAAGGCCCCAACAACAACAGUCCUCAAACCUCCACUGUUCGAACUCCUACCCAGACCAACGGUUCAAAUGUUCCCUUCAAGCCUCGAGGGAGAGAGUUUUCCUUUGAGGCCUGGAACGCCAAGAUCACAGACCUGAAGCAGAAAGUGGAAAACCUUUUCAAUGAAAAAUGCGGGGAAGCUCUUGGCCUUAAGCAGGCUGUGAAAGUGCCAUUUGCCUUGUUCGAGUCCUUCCCGGAAGACUUCUAUGUAGAAGGCUUACCCGAGGGGGUGCCCUUCCGACGGCCGUCCACGUUUGGCAUUCCAAGGCUGGAGAAGAUCCUCCGGAACAAGGCCAAGAUCAAGUUCAUCAUUAAAAAACCUGAGAUGUUCGAGACGGCCAUCAAAGAGAGCACCUCUUCCAAAAGCCCUCCGAGAAAGAUAAACUCAUCACCCAGCAUUAAUACUACUGCAUCAGGUGUGGAAGACCUUAACAUCAUUCAGGUGACAAUUCCAGAUGAUGACAAUGAACGGCUGUCCAAAGUUGAAAAGGCGAGGCAGCUGCGUGAGCAGGUCAAUGACCUCUUCAGUCGGAAGUUUGGUGAAGCUAUUGGGAUGGGCUUCCCUGUGAAGGUCCCCUACAGGAAGAUCACCAUCAACCCCGGCUGUGUGGUGGUGGACGGCAUGCCCCCAGGGGUGUCCUUCAAGGCCCCCAGUUACCUGGAGAUCAGCUCCAUGAGAAGGAUCUUAGAUUCUGCUGAGUUUAUCAAGUUCACUGUCAUUAGACCAUUUCCAGGACUUGUGAUUAAUAACCAGCUGGUCGAUCAGAAUGAGUCCGAAGGCCCUGUGAUACAAGAAUCCGCUGAGGCGAGCCAGUUGGAAGUUCCAGCAACAGAAGAAAUCAAAGACUCGGAUGGAAGCUCACAGAUCAAGCAGGAGCCAGACCCCACGUGGUAGACUGCGUCUCCAGGUUCAACUUCCAUUGUGAGUGGUGGAGAAGAGCUUUCGGACCCGCCCUGCCAGCUCUGUAAUAUACUUGUAUAACAGAAAUACCUUCUAUACAAACCUUCUUUUCUACUUCUAGAUAGAAAUGUCUACUUUCUCAGCAGUUCUGUGAAUUGAACUACGCAGCGUGACGAGAUGCGCGUGCCUGGCUGGUUUGGGAAUGCACUAGAAGGAUUUCACAGCAGUGCUGGAAAGAGACAGGGAAUGGCAGGGACAACUCUUAGAUUUUUUUUUAUGCAUUGGGCAGAGCCUUGGGCUGCGGUGCGUAUUCCAGUGAGUGGAGACAUUCCUGCUGGGCAUCUUGGCUUCCGCAGCGAAGAAAACCCCUGUGCUAGGCAGUGCUUUAGUUUUUCUAUUGAGAAUCAUAUCCAUGAUCUUACACUCGGCUCCCCUUACUGCCUGAGGGAGGGCUGCUGUCUGUCUGUCUGACUAAGCCUUUGCCUAAGCUCCAUCAUGGUUCCUGGCAGGCUCACCCGACGGCCAGUGAUGGGCAGCGUGUCUCCGCGCUGAGAGGACAUUCUCAGAGCCUCUCCUCACCCUGGGUGUACCCUGAAGGUCAGAGGUCAGAUAUGCAUGCUUUAGCAGCUGGAGGCAGCUCUAGGUGGAGUCAGGCUGGGCUGUGGGUCUGCCUGGUUGGCUAGUCUCUAGCCGCCUGUCUGACCGAGGUGCCGUGUGGGCGUGGGCAGGCGAGCUCUUGUGCACCUCCAUGUCACACCCUGGGCCUGAAAGUGGAGUCUCACAGAUGAUGCAGUUGUGUAAAAUAACAGCUCUCUCUCUCUCUCAGAAAGCGGAGAUGGGAUGGCACAGUUGUCAGUAGCGGCACCACGAUGUUCACAAUGGGAAAUUAUAUCACACGGUAGCAGAGAUAGGCAUUUUUAUGUGUUCCUUAUAUUUUACCUCAAAUUGUAGAUAUAGGGUAAUAAAUAAAAUCCAUCCAUGCCUUUCA